AUGGAAUCUGCCCCUUUCCGCACUCAGCCAAUCAGGAGAGACGCAGAGGGAAAAGCUGCUCGGUUUGAGCUGGAGCGCCGGGCGUGCCAGAGUCUCCGAAAAGUUCUCCAGCUGAAGCUUGAGCAGAGAAGAACUCGAGAAGAGCUGGUCAACCAGGGCAUCAUUCCACCUCUGAAGAGUUCAACCUCGUUCCAUGAGCAGAAGCGAAGCCUGGAGCGUGCACGGACGGAGGACUAUCUGAAGAGGAAGAUCAAGAGGCGUCCGCACCGUACCGAGCUGAUCAGAAUGAACAUCCUGGAGGGGGUGAUCCCCGAAGAGGCCGAGCUGGAGAAAAGAGCUCGUCUCACGGACGAUCUGAACAAUAAGAUUUCCCAGCGGCCCGGGCCCAUGGAGCUCAUUCACAAGAACAUCCUGCCAGUGCACGCCAGCAUCAAGAGUGCCUUCACGGAGACCUACAGACAGAAGUUCCGGACGGUGACGAUUCCUGCUGGAGAGAACCCUGCGGAGACGUACCACCGCCUCAAGGGGCUCUACCGCCGAUGGAUCCGCCCGGAGCAGCACACGAAGGAGCAGAUCGGAGAGCAGAUCAUCCUGGAGCAGCUUCUGCGUGUUUUCCCUGCAGAUAUCCGCACCUGGGUGAAGGAGCACGACAGAGGGCCUAGCGGCGGCUAA